AGAACGUCUCGAACUUGUUUCUAUCUGAUGUAUUCCGUCGAAUAAACAUGCCUUCAUAAUCAAAUAGCGUAAUUGGUUGGAAGAUAAAAAUUCUUCUUCAGUCGACCCGACAAACCCAGUGUGGUAAUAUCGUGCAAGAAUUUGGUCAAUCUGCCACAGAUGUUCACCAUUUGCGUUUGACGGUUCUACCAUUAGGUAAGACGAAUUCAGGUCUAAACAUGAGGGUCUGCGGAUGGUUCAGCUGCGGCUUCUUCCCGGCGGUGUUCCUGGUCAUUGUUAGUUCGGUACAGAGCUCAAUAGCCACCGAAAAACUGCGCGUCGCCUACCAGUGGAAAUUCCUGGAUUUUGCCUGGCCAGAUCAAGAAACCCGACAACUCUUCCCCGAUUAUGUACGAGAGAACAAUAAUCCCCUUGGAGUAUUAGCAACCGGUGACAGGCUCUUCAUCACCAUACCGCGAUGGAAGUCGGGUGUUGCAGCCACCCUGAACUACAUCUACCUAAACGAUACGAAAGAGUCACCACUUCUUAAUCCCUAUCCUUCGUGGGAGGCACAUCGACAUGGCGAUGGUAAGGUACCGGAAGUUGUAUCAGUAUUUCGCAUCUGGGCGGAUAAAUGCGAUCGUCUUUGGGUCCUGGACAUGGGAUAUGAAAGCUAUAUCCGUAAUAAACAACUGUGGGCUCCACCGGCCUUGCUAAUUUAUAAUUUGACCACCGAUCAACUCCUCCGCAAGUACGUGAUCCCAUCGGAUCAAUAUCGGACACCAUCGCAUUUCGGAAACGUAGUCGUUGAGGAUGCCUCUUGCGAUGAUGCAUUCGCUUAUCUUGCUGACCUCCAGGGACCGGGUCUCAUCGUUUACUCCUGGGCCAACAAUACCUCCUGGCUAGUCAAGCAUCACUACUUUAAUCCUGAUCCUAUGGCAGGAAGUUUUAACUCGUCCGGCCUUUCGUACCAUUGGUGGGACGGUAUCAUAAAUUUGAGUCUAGCCCCGAAAGAAGACGGCUUCAGCACCUUAUACUUUCACCCACUUUGCAGCAACGAUGAGUUUUUUGUAGACACGGAAGUACUUAGGGUACAGGAGCGCAUACCUGGAAAAGACAACUUCUAUGAAUUCCAUGCACUGGGUUCUAGAGGAUCGAACACCCAAGGCGCUGCCAGUUACCUGGACCCAAAGAGUGGAAUCCUCUUUCACGCACUUUCUAUCGCAAAUAACAUAGCAUGUUGGAAACCUGGAACUAAAUAUAGUCCUGAAAACAUAGGCUUGAUUUUUCCAGAUAACGACACCUUGAUUUUUCCCAGCGACAUUAAGAUCGACGCUCAGAGCAAUAUCUGGGUGAUGGCUGACUUCCUCCCGGUCUUUAUGUACUCUCAAUUGGAUCCCAACAACUAUAACUUCCAGGUUUGGACCGGAUCCGUGCAAAAUGCCAUAGCCGGGACCCCUUGUGCCUAGAAAACCUAAAAUGACACGAAUCUGAUAUCAUCGGCGUAGAUUUCGUCAAGAAUUUGUUGUAAACAUUGACACCGACCGUAUGACUAAUGAAACUUUCCUCUGCUCUAUAUAAUUUUGUAAUCAUAUCACUGAUGUAGAAACUAUAAUAAAUCCCCAGUAUCAACAUUUCCUCUUA